AUGGCAUUUAUUUUUGAUCAUUUAUAUUACGUUGAGAAUGUCGUAGUCGAAAAGGGCUUUCACAUAUCACCGUGUAGCGUAGGGCUUCAGUUUUACGUCGUUUUGAGGCCGAUAGACAACUGUGAGGUGGACGUGGGGGGCGACCAGUGUUGCUUGGUGGACGGAGACGGUGAACACUGUGACGUCUUAAACAUUGUCGGUGGAUGUAAUGAAUACAUUCGUGAAGGAACGACGAAAACUUUAGUGCUGAUUGCGCCGAUUCUCAAUCCGUUUCAGAGAAAAGGCUAUUGUUCUUUAUAUGUCGACACGAAGCCCGCUUCAGACCAUACGAAUAAACGAGAAAUUGUAGUCAUCGAAUUCGAUACUCACGUUGGUGAUCGCAACAAGUCAAACACAAGAGCUUGUCCAGGAGUGGACGAAGAUCCCUUAAACGAUUGCAAACCUGUCGACUGCGAUUCAUAUUACAACUCAAGAAAACCCUAUUAUCACCCAAAAUAUAAAAGAUGUAUCGAAGUGCCACAGUGUAUUAAAGCUGACUUAAUUUAUAAUCCGGUUUCGAACGUAUGCGAAGACGAGAGCAUCGCAGAAGACGAUAUCGACUUUCUGAAAGAAAAGGGCAGUAAGGUGCGAAAAGCUAAGGACAUCCUCAUAAUUCGGAACAGACACAACUAUACUGAGAUUUUAGAUGACGGUGACGUCCACGGUAAUCCCACAGAGAACAAGAUUACCUCUCUCAGGAAUAUUGCACCGAAAUCGGAUAAAAUUCACUUCAAGAUGUUGGUGAGUAAAUGUUUGGUCGCUAAAAAUAUGCCCGUGGUCAUUCUUAGUUUCGUCAUCGCCGUGCAAUGUUGUACGAUUUUCGCAUUAUUAUACUGCGUUAUGAGGUCGUGCAGCUGCUUCAAGGAGAAGAAAGUUGUGCGGAAAUUCUUCAACUACCGCCAAGACGCGACCGUCACCACGCCUCUGAUAAACACGAGCAACAUGGACACGGAGACAGAUUACCAAUUCUUGAGUGAUUCUUCGAAAGUCGAUCAAAAAAUUAAGUGCUAUAAAGCUUGUCAGAAGGAAGCGUCGAACGCCAGAGCCAGCAUGUCGGAUGACAUUCUUUCGAAAUGCCUAAAUAGGAGGGACUGGAAGCAGACAAAGUCGGACACGAUUCCCGAAGGCUUCGAGACGGAAGAGAGGAGAGACGCCAAAGUUAUAUUCGAAGACGAACUCGUAAAAGAUGUACAAACGAGCACAGAGAGAAGGGAAAUGAGCGAAAUGGCAGUCGAAGCAAACAGAUCCUCCGAACGGGAAAUCAAAUGUCACAGCUACACGUCGCAGUCGCCGGGCUUACGAACGAGCUCGGUGGACGCUAGGUAUGUGACGGAGCAGCCUAGGCGGGCGACCGUCUCCAUCUCCACGGAAAAGGCUGCUCAAGCCUGCUUCUCGAACGAUUCGAUAGACGAGUUCCUAUCGGAGAGGGGGAUGAUAUAUCUGGCCGGCGAGAACAUAUCGAAGUAUACCUUUUCGACGAAUUCCAGCGAAAACAAACCGUCGACUGCCUCGAUGUCGAGCAAGACGUCGAAGAAUAUUGUGCAGAAAGUUCUCUCGAUGAUACAUAAGAGGUCUAAAGCGCCACUUUCGGAUCCCGGCGGGGGUCGAGAAGCCAAGAAGGACUUGGAUCUAGAACUUUUACACAUGUCUAAAGCGACCGUGUACUCGUCGAGUAACGAUUCAGAGUAUAAAGUGUAUAGGAAGAAGGAUUCUAGGACAUCAUUGUAG